ACGAUAAGAUGCGAUCAUGACAAUGACAGUUCAAAUCACUCAAGUGUUGUGGACGAACGUGAUAGAGAGCUAGUCGAAAUGGACGAGUUUUUGGGGAAAAAAUACGCCUUGAAAAACUCGGAUAAUUUUGAAGAAUAUCUUGUAUUUAUUGGUAAAAACUAUUUCCAAAGAAAAGCGGCCAUUUCCCUGAGCCAAGAGAACUGGUUGACCAAAGACGAAACCGGAGCGUACACAUUCCACUUCCACUCUGCUUUUGCUAGCGUUUCCACAACCUUUAUACCAGGGGAAGAGGUGGAGGAGACCAGACCUGAUGGUGUUAAGGUGAAAGCAUUAAUUACAAUAGAAGACAACAAAAUGAUCCACAUACAGACUGAGGAAAAUGGAAGAAUCUCAAAACACGAACGUGUGUUUUCACCAGACUCAAUGACAGUGAUAACCACGUUCACAACUGUGUAUGGUGCCGAGAAAACUGCAACAAGACACUAUGUUUUAGUCAAAUGAUACCUAUUAUUAUAUCAAAUAAAUCAUAAUGUAUCCAAGGCUCGCAUACCGGUUAAAUCUUCAAAUCGCUAUCAUAUACUUUAUGUAAAAUUAAAUUUCGGUUUCGCUCAAAACAACGUUAUUGUGAAACCGGUUAUUGGAGGAGUUAUAAGUUAAGCAUAGUCUAAUAAAACAUGGUCUUCUCUUCCCAGAGUGACACAAGCCUACGUCUUAAUAACAUUGCCACUUUAUAUAGCGCUAUCGCAUAUUAUCAUAUAGCGCUGUCGCAUGAUGACGUAGGCUUGUGUUAG